AUGCAAUCAAUCAUACUCCUUGCCCUUCUUGCCAUCGCUGCCACCCAAGCUGCACCCAGUACACCCGUCGUCGAUAAAGUCUGGGGUGAACCACGAGGAUCGACAACGACCGAAGCGAUCAAAUGCUUAUUCCUUGUUGGUCCAUUUGCCUGUGCUAAAGCUAAAACCGAUGCUGAUAAUGCCGCUGCUGCUGCUCGUGAAAGUUACCCAACUGAUACAUUACAUAACGGAAUUGGUGAUGCUUUUCGUCAUUGCUACUGGAAUGCUUUAAUGACAUUGAGCGUUGGUCGCACCUCAGCCAAGAAGAUUGCUGAUCUUCAUGAAGAUAACAAUACCACUGGACCAUUAGCUGAGCGUGAAAUGGACUUGAAAAACAAUGAAAUCGGCCGACAAGCUGGUAGCGAAUCCAAGGACGCUGAUGAAGCUCGUGCUAAAUGUCAUGAUUAUGUUAACACAGGCUACUUACAAUUGAAACCAUAA